GCUACUAGUAUAUUUAUAGAGCAGGAAACCUUUGAUAUUGAUACCGUGUUUAAUGAAUAUAAUGAUAAUAAUAAGAAUGACCAAGUUUACUUGCGUUCUCUCCCCUUUGGCACAUCGUCAGCAUCAGCAUUUAUUGAUGAUAAAAAUAAACAACAAGCAAAAAAGUUUUCUUCAUUCCUGUUACCUGAUCUUCCGACGCGUCCGUUUGAUGUGAUUCUUGAGUCUUUGCCGUGUACUGAUAAUUAUUAUAUUCCAAAAAAUCAAAAGCAUUCUGGAAAGGGAUUGAUUGUCGGACAAGAUGAAAUUGAUAAUGACGAUGAAUAUGAUGCCGCAGAGACGAAUACCACGACCACCACAGAUGAUUCCUUAUCGUCAUUGUCGACAUCAACUUGCUCGAUUUGGCAAGAAGCAAUUCAACAAUCAAAAGAUAACAAAUUUAAGAUAUUAUCUUGGGAUACAAUUGGAUCGCCAUCAUUACAGAAGACGCCAUAUCUUACCGAGACUAAUACAGAAAUACAAGAAACCGUUUUUCAGAAUUAUUUUCAUAAUGAGUUGGUGCCAGCGUGCCCCGUUUUGUCGCAAAGCGAUCUGAUGAGAAAUAUUUAUUACUUAGUGAUUGGUAUUUCAUCUAAAUUGUUUUCGUAUGAUUCGGAAUUCAGGAUUUUUCGGACAACGACAAACUUUCGAAUAAACGGAUGUAGUGAAAAGGCUAUGAACAAAAUUCUAGUUAAAUUCUUGGAUUUUGGAACAUACAUCAAGCGCUUAGAGAAUGUUGCGAAGCAAUGCAUUCAGGAUCGGAGCGCAUACGGUCUUACAGGAAUCGCAUUUGGACAUUCACUAUUAAACACCUUAACUUUUAUCCGGUUAUCAAUCACUUCGUUGGCAGAAAAAUAUGAAGGGCUAAAAAAGAUGAAUUUAAUCCAGUUUUAUUUCACAAUCAACGAAUCUUUUCGUUUGUUGGAAUGUCUAGCAUCAUUUUGCUGUUGUGAUCGUUCAAAUACCAUUCAUUUGGAUUUAAACCCUGAACAAAAACAAAAGGGAUUCUAUAUACCUUUUGGCGCCGAAAUUAUUUCUAAAUUAUAUGUCUUCUCGCAGCGAAUUGACGCGUCACAAUCAUAUCUUUUGAAAUCUGUGUUUUUGGCAUUACUAGCUGAAUCAAGCGAAUUCAGUGAUCCAUAUCAAGAAUUUUUUAUAAAGAAUAUUGAGGACGGUUACGGGCAACAACAAAUAAAGAUUAGCAAGUCAAGUCCUUUGCCAGCUUUUAUUUCGAUGGAACUUGCUAGAAAUAUGUUGGCUGCUGGUAUAUCGUUAAAAUUGUUGAGAGAUUGCCGGCCGAAUCAUCCGUUGUGUAAUAAUAACAGUACUUCCGGUGGACAACAAAAAGGACUGUUGUUUCGAUGGGAUAAGAAUGUAAAUAUGCAUGAUCAAUUACAAGUAUACAUGCGCGACAUGAUGCUUGCAAUAAUUGCACAAGACAAUAAACGAAAAGCAUCUACCGCACGAAUCCGAGCUAAUUAUGAAAGAGUUACAAUAACCUCAAAUAACGAAACAGAACUAAUUGAACCCUCAAAUUACCAAACAAUAGAACUAAUUGAACCCUCAAAUUGCCAAACAACAGAACUAAUUGACCUACUAUACAAAGCACAAACCUCUAGUUCUGUAUAUAAAGAGAAAGACUACAUUCCGCCACUACGCGCAAUCACAGACCUUGUAAUAAACUAUCCAAUCAGCACCCAAUGCCGCCUCAUCAACGCUUCAAUCUUGUUGAUAUUCUUUCAUGAACUUGCCCUUGUUGCGCAUUUAAACGCGUUACAUAACUUCUUGCUGUUGGGUAACGGGAAUUUCGUGGCUGGAUUAACUGAUGCGUUGUUCAGUGAUAAUAUCGAUUACGGGGAAGAUUUCUCUAGCAAUAAAGCAACAAUAGGAGGAAGUAGUGGUGGAGUCGGUAUUCGAUUGAAUAGUCGACGAACUUGGCCGCCUGAUGGUGUAGAAUGGAGAAUGGCUUUGAAGGCGGUAAUUGUUGAAACUAUUCUAUCAGAGAAAAAAAAUUCCGAGGUAGAUGAAGGCCAGGAUGGUAAAUAUUCCACCAGAGGAUCAUCAAUAGUAGAUGACUGGGGCUCUAUUAAUAAUCUUGAUGAUAUUUUGAUGUUUGGAAUCCAAUCGGACGAGGAAUAUUGUCAAGAUCCACAAGCAUUGGAAGCUUUGGAUUUUCUCUAUCUCGACUAUAAACCACCAUACCCAAUAAACGUAGUAAUCACUCCAAACUCUCUAACAAAAUACAACAGCCUCUUCACAUUCUUAUUACGCGUGCUCAGACUCGACACUGUAGUGCACCACAUUUAUCGUCUUUCGCAUCAUCGAUAUUCGCUAAUAGACGAAAAGAAUGACAAAAGCGACACAUUGGCCCAAAAGAAACUUUUACAUAGAUUUCGAUUCGAAGCGCAACAAUUUAUGGUUGCUUUGCAUGGCUAUGUGUUUGAUAGCGCGAUUGCUUCGACUUGGGCUUUGUUUACGAAGAGACUCUCUAAAAUCUCGAGAAAUGCCGAAUUCGAGAUACCGCGCCAACAGCAGCAACAUAGUAAUAGAGCCGCGACAACUGCGUCCUCGGAAACACAAUCAAUUGUUACUGGAGAUAAUGAUGACGAAGAAGAAGACGAGGAUUUCUCUUUUAUGGAAGAUGAUGAAGAAAAUAAUAAUGAUAACCACCAAAAAGACGUAAAAGAUCUCGAAUCUUUAAGAGCCUACCACGAACACGUACUCGACCGCAUGUUAUAUCAAUGCAUGCUAAAAAAGAAACACGCGCCAAUAAUGAGAAUCCUAAACGCGAUCCUCUCUGUAAUCCUAUCAUUCGCACAAAAAUUACAACGACGACGUACCACCGUGUUUUACGAUGCGUCUCAGCGACAAGAACAUUGGGACGCGAUUCAGACGCUCUAUGAUCAGUUUCAGUUGUACACGACAUCGUUGGUGAAGAUUUUGCUAGCGUUUGAGGAGAAGGGUGGCGGACGAAUGGGGAUUGGUAUGAAAAGGCAGUAUUAUCGAGGGGGUGAUGGAUUUGGCGAAAGAGGGGGAAAAAGUGAAAUGAAUUUACAUAAUGCUGGUCGAUGGUAUCAUGAUAAAGCUGAUAGUCAAUCCGGUGUGAGUGGAUUCAUGCAAGAAUUUUUAGUGCGUUUGGAUUGGAAUGGACAUUAUAAGAAACUAGUCAAGUAA